UUGUCCUAAAUCACAUGACGCUGACGUCACGCGGAAUGCGGACCACAAAUGCAUAAUUGUCCGAAAUAACUGACCCGAAAACAAAGUGACAGAGCCGCGGGAGCAUGCCUCGUCUUCUCUGCUGCUGCUGCUGCGUCCCGAGGCAAAACUCCGGGGACGAGGAGAGGCAGCCUCUCCUGCAGCCCAGGACAUCUGAUCCAAAUGAAGCAGGAUCAGCCAGACAGAUCCAACCAGCAAGCAGUGCUCAGACCGUCAGGCGGAUUGCCAGUAUGGUGAUGAGGCGAGUGGGCGUGCCAGAGUUGGACCAGAGGUUUUCCGAUGUGGCCGAGACCUUUAACGAACAGCAGCAGAAUUAUGAGGCCAUGGUCCGACACAUCAGCAGCCUGCGACAGAACUGUGACUGUGGCCACAGUGAUACCCUGGCUAUUGCUGAAUGUGUGGGGAAGAUCAGCGAGCAGCACCACGCCACAUACAAAGUCUCUCUUAAGAUGAACGGCUAUGACUUCUCCCUCAGUGUGGUCCCCGACAGCAAUCGCGAAGAGGAGCCACUGCCUCCACGUCUGAAGUUAGCUCAGGAUGAGCUGAGGGGCACCUCUGAGAGCGCCAGAGCCACCAUCUCGCGGGGCACCACACUACAAGAGUUGUUCGCCUGGCUUCUCCGCAGCAGGGAUCAAAUGGCAGAGCAAGUGAAGGGAGCAGCUCCAUCUUACCAGGAGCAAGGGAGACUGAGUGAGAACCUGGAGGAGAACAUGAGGGAAGUGAGGAGGGCGAAGGAGUUGUCAGUGGGAUACAGACAACGAGCCGGAGAAGUCCUCACAGAGGCUGCACAGAUUGCAGGGGCUAAUUUGUAGUUUAUGCACAUUUUAAAUGAUUUCAUUGAAUCCACUUAUUAAAUUGUAUGUAUUUGAUACCUUUACAAAGAUUAUACACACGCUGUAACACUCAUGGGUAUAACAUUCAGAGUAGUAGAAAGGUUACUGCUAUAGCUCAGACUAAACAAAACUUCUUCAAUCGCAAUCACAGGAACAGUCUGAGAAUAUUUAAAUUGCACAAGGUUUUCAAAUAUCAGUAAUCAGGAUUUCUACCCUGACAACUGCAGCAACCCUCCCUCCUCCUCCACUUCGUGCUCAUGCAGCUGAGCGCCAAACGGCUGCAGCCACUUCUUCUCUGACCAGCAGCCAGAGAGCGUUCAUUGAACACAUUCACUUUUAUGAGAACGAUGAACUCAAUGACAAAUACACUUUUAUGAGAACGAUGAACUCAAUGACAAAUACUGUCAUUAAGAUUAAGAUGCAUUUAUUAGUCCCAAACACAUGCACAGACAUGCACAGACAUGCAAAGGCACACUCAUGCAGGUAGGGAAAUUUAACUUCUGCUUUUGACCCAUCUGGUGCAGGACACAGAGCAGUGAGCGACCAUGUACGGGGCUCGGGGAGCAGAUGUUGGGGGAGAAAGGUCCCUUGCUCAGGGGCACUAGACAGGGUAGGGAGACUGUAGGUCUAGGAUUUUUGGACAGAUCAAUCCAGGUCCGUCUUUUGUUGUCUCUCCGUGGAGUCGAACCAGAGUCGAACCAGAGACCUUCUCUGCCCAUAUUCCAAGUUUCUGCCACUAGACCACCGGCUAUCCCAAGAACUUUUGGAUCGUAAACAGAUGCACACACAGGCAGCUAAAUUUGUAAGCUAUAAAAAACUAUAAAAAUAUAUAAUAAAAAUAUCAAAUGAGUCCUGUACUGAUAGCAUAUCAUGUCAUAUCGUCACAAAUAAACAUUAAUGAUGUCCACAAUCGGGGUGAUUCUUACCUCUAUAUUGUUCUUUCUUCUCCUCCUCUACUUUGCGGUGCUUUCUGAAUUGUGCACCUGAUCAUUUAAUCUUUUUUUGAUUAAUCUUUGACCCUAACCGCAGUCUAUCACCGCAGCGUGUACGUCAGGGACCUGACUGUUCACACAGGGAGUCAUCCAGGAGGAUGUUGUAGAUGCUGGCUUGCCUGUCCACGGAGCCACGGGUGGUGACAUCAGCAAAUGUCCCUACUAUGCUGCCAAAAUGAGUAGGUUUUCAUACCUCUCUUUGUAUGCAUCAUGCUGCUUUGAGGAACUGUUGUGAAGUGAAAUGAAACUCCCUUCUUUUUUUUCUGUUCAUGCUGAAAUAAAGUGGCUUCACUUGG